AUGCAUGCGUUUGAAAACUGCUUCCAACCAAAACCCCACGCCAUCAAAACCAAUGAUGUUUAUGACGUUACAAAUUGGAUUAAGGAUUUUAUCAAUCCAAUCAGUGGCCAUUCCCAACCACACACUUUUAAAUUUGUCCUUGGAGAUGAUGGAAAAUCAAAAUUCUUGUACAAGAAAUGGGCAAAUGAUAAAGUUUGGCUUGAGUGUAAUGGUUCUGAAAAAAAUAUACUGAAGGCUAUUCCAAACACAUGUCCAUCCUUUAUGCCCACCAAUGACGACCAAAUCGAUGUUGAUCGUCUGAAAGCAGAUAUUAAUAAAGUGAACAAACAAUAUGGUUGUAACAAAGAUGGCUGGUGGACAUCUUUUUUCACAGACAUUGGUAAGCAUUAUUUUGUUUCUGCUCAGAACUGAAGAUGUCAACAAUGUCAGGGUCAAAAUCAUGAUGAUGAUAACGUGUAAACAGUAUUAGGGAUAUAUAUGUAUUGGGUCUAACUCCUCAUUGAUAAAUUGAUGCAGACAGUCAUAAAAGACUGGACUGCAACUUCAUUCCUUAAUAUUCACACCUUGUCGGGAUUAUUAAAAAUAUGCAAUAGGAUAAAAAGAAAAAUUAUUAACUUGUGUGCAAUAUAGAAAUAUGAAAAUGUGAUAGGAUAGCCAAUGAGACAGCUAUCUAACACAGACCAAAUAAUGUAGA